AUGUUCAACCCCGCGGGGAACCACGGCUAUAUCUACCCCUCGCUGCCGCCCACGCGGAGCACACGGGGCUCACCUUUGGAUCUUCAAGUUCUGGCCAACUCCCAGCACAACACGAUGUUGUUCAGUCCUGUUGUCGGGGCAGUUGCCCUUGCUGCUCUUUUCGUCUUCUACCUGGCUCGUUGCAUAUCGUCGCCGUUAUGGAAACUCCCAGGCCCGUUUUGGUCGAGACUUACGCCACUUGCUCUGAGAUGGCAUGAAUUCAACUCCAACAGGACCCUCUACGUUCACUCUCUUCACCUCAAAUACGGUCCCGUAGUUCGGAUCGCCCCCAAUGAAGUAUCCUUCACGUCAUACGAGGCCGUCAAAGAGAUUUACGGAUCUCUUGGAAGCGGCUACGACAAAUCCACCUUCUACAACUUGUUCAGGGUCUUUGAGCGGAGGACGAUGUUCUCAACUCUCGAGAAGGGCGAUCACGCGAAACGUAAACGCAUCAUUGCCGACCGCUAUGCCAACAGCAAUGUUGUUAAGCCCGCGGAACUGAGUGGCAUCGAGAAGCGAGCUGAACUUUUUACGUCUCAGUGUGACGGACACUCGCAGACAAGCAUGGAUGUUUAUGUCUCGCUUCACUCUUACGCCUGCGACUGUAUCACACAUCAUCUGUUUCACCCUUACGGAACCAACAGCCUCCAAAAGCAAGAAGACACGGACAUGAUGGAGCAGGUUACAAGCGAUGACAGCCUACGAAACCGUCUCAUUCAGCAUCAUUACCCUAUUUUCUACCAGUACUUCUCGAAAGUGCUCGACCUCUUCCUUGACCCGCGAUCUACGCCGCUGGCCAAAAACUUCGUUGUUGGAGCUACAUCGAAGAUCGACCCCGCGCCAUUCACUCUUCUCAACCGCCUCCAAGACAAAACUGAGAGUAGCAGCAGCGUCAAUCAACUAGACAGCACCGACAUCGCCGCUGAAUGCAUGGACCACAUGGUCGCUGGAAUCGAUACCACGGGAGACUCGCUGUGCUUUCUCAUGUGGGAACUUUCGCAGCCAUCUUCUUUCGAGUUCCAAAGGAAACUGCAAAAGGAGAUCAGAGAAAACCCUGAUGUCGCUUUUGACAAGCUGUCAUAUCUUGAUGCUGUGGUUCAGGAAGGACUGCGUGUCUUCCCCGCGAUCCCGAUGUCCCUGCCUCGUGUGGUUCCCCAGGGCGGAAAGCAGAUCGACAGCUUCUAUAUCCCCGAGGGCAGCAUUGUGAGCAGCCAAGCAUACUCAGUUCAUCGGAACAAUGAUACCGUCUUCCCCAACCCGGAUAUCUUCAACCCCGAACGCUGGCUGUCACCGGUUGGGGAGGCCGAGAGAAAGAGGCAUAUGUUUGCGUUCUCCCAUGGUGGCAGAGGUUGCGUUGGCAAGCAUCUCGCGCUUGUCGAAAUGAAGUUGCUCCUUCGGUCCAUCUAUGGUCGUUACACGACCGUUCCGGACGCUAGCAUGGCCCCUGAGAACAUGAGGCCUCACGAUCAGAUCAUUUCUGCGAGGCCCUAUUCGCAAAGCUGCCCCCUGAAGUUUAUUCCUUUUGAAGAGGAGAAACUACAGUAA